AUGAUGCCUUUUGUAUUUAAAAAAAGUAACCGAAAGAUCGCUAUUUUGUUUUAGCCUGCGCUAAAUUAAGGCGUUUGUUUAAAGCUCGUAUGGAAUGGACUAUGAUGAUCUUACCAUUGAAGAAAAAGAAAGACUACAAUUCAUUAGGCAGCAGAAGACUCAGGUUAUGAAAAAUAUUGAGUCCUUAAAACUUGAACUUAAUGAAAUAAAUAAUCAGAUUGAAAGUCUUGGAUUUUCUGUUGAUGGAGAGGACCCAUCUGUUAGACGACUUGCUCAUGGCUGCAAGGAGUUCAAUCGGAAUGCAAAACAGGGUCUAGAAUACCUCUUUGACCAAAAUAUAAUUGGAAGGUCUCCAGAGGAUGUAGCAAAGUUUUUUAUCGAUCAAAACCACAAUUUAUCUAAACAUGCCGUAGGCACAUAUAUUGGAGAGAUUUCUAAAGAAUUUAACAUGAAAGUUUUGGAUGCAUUUUCUAAGUUGCAUAAUUUUAAAGAUGAAGAGUUCCUACCUGCACUUAGACAAUUUCUAUUUAGUUUUCAAUUGCCUGGUGAAAGUCAAAAGAUUGAUCGCAUUUUAACAAGUUUCUCUGAACGUUAUGUAGAACAGAAUCCUUCCGUUUUUAAUUCACCACAUGAAGCUUAUGUCCUUUCUUAUGCUGUUAUUUUGUUAAAUACUACACUACAUAAUAUCAAUGCAAAAAGUCAAAGUCUAGGUUUAGCAGAAGAAAAAACUUUUGUACGUGCUAUGAUGGAAUUCGAUGAAGAGACUAAUUUAUCCGAGGAUCUUGUUCGUAAAAUUUAUCGUGCUAUUAAAAAUGAACCACUUCGUGCAAUUUCUGAUGAUACAUCUGUAUGCGGUUCUAAUCAACAUAAUGGAAUUCAUAAAGGAUGGUUAUGGAAACUUGGUGGUCGAGUGAAAAGUUGGAAAAGACGAUGGUUUGUCCUGACAGAAGAUAGUCUCUUAUAUUAUCUUACUCCUGAUCGUUCACGUCAAACUAAAGGUGUCAUCUUAUUGGAAGGCAUGAAUAUUCGAUUGAUACAAGAUAAAACAAGAGAAUAUUGUUUUGAAUUAUAUUGUUCACGUAAUCAAUUGAUGAAAUCGUAUAAAAUUGAACGUGAAUCAACUACAAGUCAAACAGUCUACAAAAUGGCUGCACCCACUCUGGUUGAACGCGAUGAAUGGAUUCGUGCAUUAGAACGUGUAACACAUCGUUUAGCUGAACGACGUGGUACACGAAGUAUCAGUGUAGAUUGUACUGGUUCUUCAUCGACUAGUUCUAGCAUUCUUGGAUCCAACAGUCAUCACCAUCACCAUCACCACCAUCACCAUCAUUUACCACCGCCUGUAUCCUCUUCUUCAAUAUCGCUAAGACGUAAUGGUGCUGGAAGUCAACCGGAUUUGCCUAGUCAACAAUCUGUAUUAAAUUAAAAUUUUCUUAUUCUGUUUAUUUUUAAAUCCUUUUUUUUUAAAAUGUAUUCUCUCUCUCUCUUGGUUUUUUUUUCUGUGGUUGUGGUUUAUUUUUCCAGUGUUCCUUGCUCCUCCUCCUCCCCCCCCACCCCACCGUCGUACCUCCUAUGCUAUAAAAUGCUUUUAUAAUGAAUGCAGUGUAUAAAUUAAUUAAUUAAUAAUAAACAAUCAUAAAGGGGAUUGUACACUAUGAAAUUACAUUUUAAAUGAAAUGAAAUUAAUUUUUUUUACUGUGUUGCUUCAUAGUUUUUUUCCUCGCGGUUUAUUCCUUUUUUACAUAGUCUUCUGUGCUAUGCUGUGGCUAUUUUUUCCUGUGUUGCUUACUGUCUGUGUUUGUCUGUCUGUCUGUCUACUUCAAUAAUUGAUUUGUAAAGCUUUAAUCCAAAGAAAUUGUAAUUUUUCUGUUGUUGAGGGAUGCUCGGCUGAUUAUGUCGAAAAUUACAAUUUUUAUUAUUUUUUUUUUCGUGAUGUAAUUUUGCUACAGUUGAGGACGAACUAACUGAUGCACGAAUUACUAUUAUUAUUAUUCUCCUUGGGUUUUUGUCAAAAAUGUACCACGGGUAUAUGUGUGUGUACAUUGCUCUUGACUGCCUCACACACUGGAUAUUCCAUUCUUUAGCCGUUUAAAAAAAUUCCAAUUAACUUGUAAUCCGUUGUAGGUGCACUAAAUUCACCUCUUUUAUACUGUACUUUUUCAAUGGGGAGUGUUUUUUCUCUCUCUCGAAAGCAUUGAUUUCUCCGUUUGACCUUACAUGCCGCAUUAAUCAUGCCUAUUCUUAUUACUGUCAACUUUAUUAAUUUUGUGACUGAGUAGGUGGUAUUUCUUUGCCCCCACUCUCCUCUACAUAUAUUUGUAACGGAUUCAUCCGAAAAAAAAACCUCGCCCCAUCAUCUCCUCUUCUCGCCUAUCAUCAUCUCGAUCAUGUUCAGUGUUUUUUUCUCCACAAUCUACCUUCUAUUUUCUUCUUGCUUCGUCUCCGCUUUCUUUUUUAAAUUUUAUUUUCUAAUUCUAAACUUGUAAAACAAACAAAUUACGCAAUUGUUUGUGUUUUUUUUUUCAAAAUUUUGUAUGUGCCGCACUUUUUGUUUUGUUUUAAUGCGAAAAACAAUUUAUGCUUAUUGACAAAAAUUGUACAUAGUUUAAUUCAUGAUAAAUCAAUCUAUUUUAUUUUUUUCUGAUAAUAAUAAAAGUUUGAAGAAAAAAUAAUUAGGCAAUUUAUCUCCUC